CCUCAGUCCACAUUGCCCUCCGCUGGACUCCUCAAAUGAGUGCGGUCUGCAGUGUACAAGGCAGAAACGCCGGAUGAUUAAACGAGCAGCAGAACCGCGGCACCAUGAGCAAACGCAGACUGGGUUUUAAAUGGUUUGGAAGUCUAUCGAACCUUGCACACAGUCUUUCAUUAGACAACAGAUCCUCCAAGACUGCUGCAAAGCAUGAUGGGAGUCAGGGUCUGAACCUGCUGGCGAAGAGGUGCAGCGAUGACACAGAAGUGCGGCCCCUCGGUCCCAGCCACGUCCACUCCAGCGAAGCAUGCUCACAUUUGGCCACUCUACCCCGUCACUCCCGCAAACAGAAGAAAAGCAAAGAUUCCAAGAAGUCUGCAAGUGGAGCUGUACUGGAGACGCGGAAGGGUGACUAUGUUGCUGACUCGCCCCUGCUGAGUGUGCUGUCUCUCCAGGGUGUGCCAUCCGUAGAUGAGGCCUCUUUCCCGGAUACCGCUGUAAAACCACAUCCUGUAGGUACCAGUGCUUUGCAGGACGAGAUUAAGCAGAGCUCGGGGAUACCACAAGAUGAGGCGGCCAGCCCGUCACGGCAGUGUCCUUUGUCCCCUGAGGCUCAGAAGAUGCCGCCCUUGGCAGAGAAGCUAGAGGACCACAGCCGACCCAGCACAAUGACGACCAGCACGCACAGGACCAGCAGCGCUCUUCCAGAACAGUCUGAAAGUCGGCUGGGUGAAAUCCAGGAGUCACAGCCUUUGACCAGCCACCUGCCAAUGGACAUCAGAGGUGAAUAUGUUAAGUUCUCCAAGGAGAGGUACCUGCUUGACAGCCCACCUGAGAAGCUUCGGAAGGAGUUAGAGGAGGAACUGAAGCGAAGCAGCGAUGAUAUGAGCAGCCAUGGCUGGUACCAUGGCCUCAUGCCCCGAGAGGUGUCAGAGACGCUGGUCCUGCGAAAUGGAGACUUCCUGAUACGGGACUCACUCACAAGCAUGGGCGACUACGUACUGACCAGCCGCUGGAGCCACAAGGUUCUGCACUUCGUCAUUGGCAAAGUUCUGGUGGAGUCCGGCACCUUUCGCCCUCGGGUCCAGUAUCAGCUGGGGAGGGAGAGCUUUGACUCGGUAGCUGCCCUCGUCCACUUCUAUGUGGGAAGUCAAAAGCCCUUGUCACUGGAGAGCGGUGCACACAUCUACUGCCCCAUCAACCGGACCCUUCCCCUGCGCAUUCUGGAGGCAGCCUUCACCAUGACUAACAGCAAGCAAGACCCAGCCAGUCCCUUAUCUAGCUUGAGGAGAACGUUUAUCCAGAAGCAAGGUGUCACCCUGGAGGACAGGCCCAGGACACUGCUGACCAUGCCUCACAGAUUAUCCAGCAGUAUGGAUCAGAUCCAGAUGAUACAGUCUCCACUGUCACCUCUUGGAGAGUGUGUUCCCUCUACAGCCUACAAUACCAUCUCCCAUCAUAGAAGUCCAUCUGGCAGUAAGUUGUUCAACGCUUCGACCCAGUUGCUGGACUCGAAUUGCUUCAGCGAGCACAGACUCAGCCCAAAGACCCUACUCAGUCCCUACUCCUCCCUAAAGAUCUCCAAGCCCCAUCCUUCCAAAGCACCUGUCCUAUCCAGUGAAGGCUAUGAGGGGGGCUAUGAGGGGCUGGGGCAUAGCAGAGGGAUCUUCAGUGUCCCUCUGGUGGAGAAGGAGUCGUCCUUCAAACCCGGACAGUAUAGGUCACUGCUGAUGCCCGCAGAGAACAAACCCUUGGAGGCAGGCAUCCUUAAGCGGGUGAAGGAGCUGCUGACCGAAGUCGAUGCCAGGACCGCCGCCUGGCACAUCACCAAGGCGGACUGCAUGGUUGCUAGGAUACUGAACGUUUCUGAGGAGAUGCAGCAGAAGAUGGCAGUGAGUUCCGGUCUGGAGCUGCUGACUCUCCCACAUGGACAACAACUCCGCCUGGACUUGUGGGAAAGAUUCCACACCAUGUCAUUUAUGAUGGCAGCUGAACUGCUGGGCUGCACCGGGAGCAGGGAAGAGAGGGCUGCCUUUCUCUUCAAGGUCAUCCUGCUGGCCUCCGAGCUCAAGAGCAGCCAGGGCAACAUGUUUGGCUUUGCCACAAUCAUGAGAGCACUGGAGCUACGCCAGGUCAAGAGGUUGGAGCAGACGUGGAUCACACUCCGGCAGAGGCACACAGAGGGAGCUAUCCUGUACGAAAAGAAACUCAAACCUUAUUUGAAGAGCAUGAAUGAAGGCAAUCUAGAAAACUGCAUACCCUCUGACACCACCUUCCCUCACGUGGUGCCGCUGCUGUCUCUGCUGGAGAGGGGAGUGGCUGUGGGCGAGGAGGCGGAGCUUUGGGAGUGCACAGACAUGGGAGUGGACGUGGUAAUGAGUCACUUGGAAACAGCACGUACCAUGGCACAACACGGGCAACUCUACUGCAGCAACGCCCAGACCAAACUGCAGGGGUUUCAGGAGCAGCCGGAGCUGCUGGAGAUCUUCCUCACGGAGUUCCAGAUGCGUUUGCUGUGGGGCAGCCGGGGAGUGGUGGCAAGCCAGGCAGAGCGUUACCAGAAAUUUGACAAGGUCCUGACAGCCCUGUCCAACAAGCUGGAGCCCCCUGGUGGGCAAAGGGUAGAAAGAACCUGAAAUAAGUAUGUCCCAAGAAGUGGGAUGAGCAAUGUAACCCUCCAAUCAGUGAGUGGAAAGACUGGUAAAUGGAUGUCCAAAUAAGGGCAAAGGGGUGGUGUCAGCGUUCAACUACACCUAGGACAGAGACGCAAUGCAAAGACAAAAUCCUGUGGAAACUGUACGGUGAAGUCAGUCCAAAAGAGGAGUGUCGGUAUAUCAGUUCGGCAUGUCAGAUUGUCAUCCAGAACCUCAGUGUAACAUUGCUGGUUCAGGGAGGCACUGAUUAAUAACUCCCAGCCAGACAAAGCACUUAAGCGAGAAGCACUUAUACUCAUAACCAAUUUGAUCGUUUUUGCCAGCGAAAAUUAGGCUACACCUGCAACAUCACUCAUCGUGAAUUUGUUUCCUGAAAAAUCUAGCUAUGCAGUUCUAUGUAUUUAGCCCUUACAGCUGCUACUAAAAUGGUUUGUUUUGUAAAACAUAUGUUUACUGCAUUCUUAAAAUAAAGGGUUGUGGGUGAUGGGGAAUUGUGUCUUUUUAUGGUUAGCCCACAGAGGUGGUUUCAGGGCAGCUAUAUAGAUUUCUGUAGCCCUACAGCUACUAGAAUGUUCUAGGGAGUGACCUGUGUUUAACACAAAAUUAGCAAAUUUCUGGAUGCGGGCCUAUCUGCUCAGCUCCACCCAGCCGCUUGAGCAACCAGGAUCAGUCGAGGGAAGUCAGGUGAUGUCGCCUCAUCUGACCACGUUUGCGAUGGCCUUCACUGAAAAUAUGUCCAUAUGCAGAGUUCACUGUUGACAGGUGCCCUACUGUGGCACAACUGGUGCAGUGUCACUUUAAAUUUGGACCUGUCACUGCAACCCAAAGCAAAAUGGGGACAGGAAUCUGUCUGCACAUCUGCUGUGGCCCACUGUGUCCUGAAGGACAGUGGUAGAUAAUGGAUGGAACAUCCUGCGAUGAGACAAGAAUGCUGUCCCUUCAUCCCACGCAAAUCACUACGCGCACUGCACACCGGAAGUUUCUUUGAUAAAUGUCACAUACUACCAUACUUUUAAGUUUUACAAAUAGCUGAGGAAGUCUUUCAGCAAGCUCGUUGCCUACAUGGUUAUGUACAGGCGUGAGGUUUCCAUGUAAAGAUUUUUAUCAUAAAUAUGCCUACUUGUCUGCUGAAGUUUGUAUUUUAUUUUUGUGAGAUUUUAUUUUGUAAAUUGCUGAAGAGGAAAAAAAAAAUAUUGUUCUGAAAUACAGACAUUAAUCUCC